AUGGCAGAGUCGCGCGCAGUGUCAACGGCCAGCGAGGCACCUAGUGGCCUAUCAGCUGUAACAUCGCCACAUCAAGCGCUCCCUGCAGCGGCAACAGCCGAGUCAAAUGAUGAAUCACUAAAGGCGGAUUUGCUAGAGAAGCCCGAAAUUAAGAGGGUGCUGGACUCAGACGUGGCAAUCAAUGCACUUCUGAUGCGUUUGAAACGGUCUCUCUUGACUUGCGAAGAACUCACAAAGUUUGUGCGCAAGAAGUAUCUAAUGGAAGACGAACACGCUCAGGAAUUGGGCAAAACUUACCGAAACUUCUUUGUAAGCGAGCCCGCCAACUCAUCACUGCAAAGGAGUAUUCACAGUGUUCUUGACUUUGAUGGAAAGUUGGCACAAGUGAAAAACAGUUACGUUAAGGCUCUUCAAAAAAUGUACGACGAAUUGAGUGCGCUACUGCUUACUAUGACAAAAAUGAGAAAAUCCCUUAAAGAAACAAGUAGACGAUUAGAGAAAGACGUUGCAGAUGCUAUACAUAGUGCUGAAAAAGCCAAAAGCAGAUACGUCUCAUUGUGUCAGGAUUGGGAGAAACUCAGAAUGGCGGAUCCAAGUAAGACCAAACUAACACUACGAGGAUCGAAGACGACCAGAGAACAAGAAGAAGAAUUACAGAGGAAAAUUGAUAAUGCAGAUCUCGAUUACAAGCAGAAAGUUGACCAUUCAACCUCGCUAAGAAGUACAUUUUUGUCUCGUGAGAGGCCCAAAAUUGUAUCAGAGCUUAAGGAUUUAAUUUUGGAAAUUGACACGGCGAUGGCAAUCCAAUUACAAAAAUACACAAUAUGGACGGAAACACUUAUUUUAAAUAGUGGAGUUACGGUAACUCCAUUUGAUUCUUCAAAAUCAAUGAAAAGCAUCGCUAUUUCUAUGACUAAUGAACUUGACCUUUAUAAUUUUUUGAACAAGUAUAACCAGGGUACGAAAAAUAGCGGAUUCGUUAACAAAAAUCUCAUUCCGGUAGAUUAUAAAAAACAUCCCUCUAUGUCUAAACAAGGAUACACCCCUGGAAAGACCGGCUUUACCAAGUUGCAAACUCCAAGUUCUUCUCGCCCUGCCUUUGUCGUAAACCCUGCUAAAAAUUCUCUUCCACCCCAUGUCGGUCCAACAGAAAAUGACCAUCCUUUUAACACAUCCUCUGGUACCAUUUCUUCGGCCAAUCAUGGUGGCUUUCACGGAAAUGGAUCGUCAUCUUUCAACUCGAAUCCGACUAGAAGCUCUCCACCUUCUUCCACAACCAACGGUGAACGAAAGCCUGUUUCUUCUAUGUUAGACGUGCUCAAUUCUCCUCCAGUUCCAAGAAAGUCACAAGAUGGUAAUAAUGGUGAACUAGAUGACCGAUUCCCCACCCUUGAUCCGGGAAACUCCACGAGGACGACGAGUUUGACGGCGUCGAUGGUAUCCGGCACAAUCGAAAGACCCUUAUCUCAAAUUCAAACUAAUACUACGCUGCCACCUGGAAUAACGAAAAAUUUCAAGACAUUCGGUGUUCCACUUGAAAGUCUAUUAGAAUAUGAACAAGACAUGGUGCCAGCGAUCGUGCGGCAGUGUAUCUAUGUCGUAGAUAAAUAUGGUCUUGAUAUGGAGGGGAUAUACCGGAAAUCGGCUAAUGUUUUAGACGUCAGCAACUUGAAGGAAGAAAUUGACAAAGAUCCAUCAAAUAUUUCAAUGAUUCUUCCGUCUAAAAAUUUCACCGACUCUGACAUCUAUUUAGUGGGUUCGUUAUUGAAGACAUUCUUUGCCAACUUACCUGAUUCCCUCAUGCCUUCAUCAAUGACCGCAGAGGUAAAAACAUGUUUGUCAAUUUCAGACCCUACUACCAGGAAGAAUUAUAUGCAUGGUUUGAUCUAUAAGUUACCAGAUGGCCAAUAUUGGACUUUGAGGGCUCUGAUAUUUCACUUGAUCAGGGUUAUGGAACACGAGCCGGCGAAUCGGAUGAACCUGAAGAGCUUGUGCAUUAUUUGGGGCCCUACUAUUUUCUCCAGUAGCGAGGGUGAUAUGAAUGACGUCAAUUAUCAAAUUCAGGCCAUGGAGGUAUUAAUAAAUGUUGCCAACCAGGCAUUUGAGCCCGAAUAA